AUUUAUAUAUAUAUAGACUCCAUUCUUUGCCGUCUGACUAGAAGCGUACCCUACUACCCUCCCUCAUUAUCUUUCCAUCCCUCCUGCCCAUCAUACGAGGAGGUGGUGUAGAUGGCGGCCUUGAAUCAACCCAUAUUUCGAAUUGAUCAUAAUGGGUAUUAUGCGGAGCAAAACUACUACAUGGAGAAGAGGCAGCUGUUCCUAAGAAGCUACCAGUUCUGCAGGAAAAGGAGUGUGGCAGACAGGAUCAAGACAUCCUUCAUCCGUGUAAAGAGGGUCAUCUGUCUCAGGCUACGCUCUGCUCGCAAAUUCAGAAAGUUGGUCUGGUCCAGACUCAGAUAUGCUUUUUAUUACAAGAGGAGAAGGUUUCUCCGCCUCCUAAACAUGACCCACCAUCACCGCCAUCACAGCCUCCUCCUCCGCUCAGACUGCCCUUCUUCCUGCUUCUGGUAGAGUAGACAAGGACUUUUCUAGUUUUCUCUUCUACUAGUACCACAGGACCUAAGGAUCUAGCCCUCUUAGAUUGCAACGCCUUUGCUUUAGUCUACAGUCAUAUAUGCAUCCAGAUAAGAAUAUUCUUCAGUUUGUUCUUUGCAGUGCAACCUCCAUAUCACUAAUUUGUUCUCCAUAGCACAGGAAAAUUAAUCUUCUGAAUUCAUAUUCCUGUUAUUUUUCCAUUAUUCCUAUUGUUCUGCUAAUUUUAAUUGGUAUGACAAGUCACUUUUCUUCUUCUGCUAA